AUGCUUUACACUUUUUCAAAAGACAAACGCGUCCCUCGUUACCCUAUAUUUUUUAAAAAAAGCAACAAACAAAAACCAAUUCGACAAAUCUCCAUUCCAACUGUAACCAAAAAAAGAGAAAAGCAAAAAAAACACUCUCUGCGAUUCACACUAAGUAUCUAAUGUAUCAAGAUCGUCAAGGCGUUGUAGGAGGCGGAGGCGGUGGCGGUUCUGCGCCACACGGAAUCAUACUCGCCGUCGUUGUUGCAUUAGUGGUGCUUGUUCCGUUCUUCAUCGGAGACAGUGGUGAGGCCAUUACAGAUGCGAUCGCAGAGCUUCUUAGUCCGGUGGGACUUCUAUUGCUUCCUAUCAUCCUCCUCCUCACUAUACAGUUUCUCUCGUCGGAACGUGGUUCCUUCGUGUCGGCCAUUUUCUCCACCGGAGAACCAGAAUCGAUUCACAGGGUUAGCGGAUCUCCCGUGGGUGUUGCUCUCUUCCUCGUACUGAUCUUGUUCUUACUCUACUACCGCUUCUCUAUCUUCGGCGGAGAUGAUGGUUCCGAUGACUGAUGCGACGUCGUCUUUUCAGAUCUAGUUUUUUCCCUCUUUUUCUUUUUUAGGGAAAACAAUAUAUUUAUGUCUUUAUUCGAUUUUCGUUUUUAUUUUAUUUUGUUUGACAGUUGAAAGUCAAACUAUAUACAGCAGUUGCAUUUCAUGUAGGUACGCACGUGUGAGUCACGUGAGUGAUGAGUGUACUGAGGUUGUAUAAUUUAGUAAACAUGAUGUGAUUACGAUUAAUAUGAAUCCCGAACUUUUAAUUAGCUCCGGUUCUGGAUUUCAAAAUAAAAUGC